UCAUUCCUCCUAAAGCUGUGUUGUUACUGGAUAAUUGCUCAGCACAUCAUAUGAAUGAUGGGCUAAAAAGCGAUGUUUGAUAAAUGUUUUUUAUGCCUCCAAAUGUGACUGCAGUGAUUCAACCCAUGGACCAGAAUGUAAUUCAGAACUGUAAACUAAAAUAUCGUCAAAAACUUUUGCUACAUGUUAUGGCUCGCGAAAUCGAUAUCGGUCAAAGCUUGAAGAGCAUAACGUUGAGGGAUUUAUGUUUUUGGAUGCACGAUACUUGGAGUGAAAUAAAGCGUACAGUAAUCAUGGAAGAAAAUUGGAAUUAUUUUAAAUAACAAACUCGUUCACGAAGAUGUUGUUCCCUUGAUCCAUUUGAUUGAUGUAAACAACCGCGAUGAAACUAUUUUGCCACAGCACCCUGAGGAGAGAUAUAUAAAGCUGGAUCUAGCUCACAACCCACCGGCUCUAGUCUUUCACCGAAUCAAUCGUCUUUGUUUGAAGAACAGGAAGGUUUAAUGAUUCUAUGUGCAAUAUGCAGCGAUAAAGCUACCGGAAAACAUUAUGGUGCAACUUCUUGCGAUGGAUGCAAAGGGUUUUUCAGGCGAAGCGUCCGUAAAAAUCAGUUUUACACAUGCAGAUUUCAGCGCAACUGUUUGGUGGACAAAGAUAAAAGAAACCAAUGUAGAUAUUGCAGACUCAGGAAGUGUUUCCGGGCCGGAAUGAAGAAAAUGGCUGUUCAAAACGAACGAGACCGGAUAAGCAACAAACACCUUUGCUCGGCAGAUUGUGAGACUUCUAAUGGCCUUUCGGUGCAUUUUUUACUGCGUGCCGAAAAUAUAAGCCGACAGUUUGGAGCUGCCCUUGAUAACUGCCACGGUGAUGCCAACGAUUUGACCAACAGACGAUACGCAAGCAUCAACGAUGUAUGCGACUCUAUGAAGCAACAGUUACUAAUCCUUGUGGAAUGGGCCAAAUCGAUCCCGGCAUUUGUGGAACUGCAAUUAGAUGACCAAGUGGCUCUUUUGAGAGCACAUGCUGGGGAGCAUCUUUUACUGGGCCUAUCAAGGCGAUCGAUGCAUCUGCCCGAAAUGCUACUAUUGGGCAAUAACUGUAUCAUUACCAAACAACGGCCUGAUUCAAAGAUGGCACCGAAUCUUGACAUAUCGAGAAUAGGAGCCAGAAUAAUUGAUGAACUUGUCAGUGCCAUGAAAGACAUUCAACUAGAUGAUGCAGAAUUAGCUUGCAUAAAAGCUUUGGUGUUUUUUGAUCCAAGUGUGAAAGGACUAAGUGACCCUCAAGCCAUCAAACAACUGAGACGUUUCGUACUUAUCAAUCUUGAGGAUUAUGUUGCCGAUAAACAAUAUGCAUCUAGGGGACGAUUUGGUGAAAUUUUACUCAUUCUGCCGAUAUUGCAAUCGAUUACAUGGCAAAUGGUGCAGCAAAUUGAACUUGCCAAAAUGUUCGGCGUUGCGCAGAUAGAUAGCUUGUUACAGGAAAUGUUGUUGGGAGGUGAAUCACUUGAGCAGUGUGCAAGUACGAGCUCCAUUGAAGUUAAUUCCUUAAUCAGUGAUCGAUACAAGUCGGAAUGUUUGUAGAAACAACAACAAAAAUCAACUCCAAAACACAAACACCCAGAGGACUGCUGAGCAAAAUUGUUUUUAUGUUAUAGGCUAAUGAUAAGUUUAUGCUGUGUUUGUUCAAAUAUUUCGAGACAAAACUGUGCGAGCGAAAAAAAAAUUGAGAAAGAUUGAGAGAGAAGUUAUUUUUUGGGUUGGUGAACACUGUCAAAAAUCGUUAUAGGUAUAUUAAAAGUUACAUUCUCAUACAAAAAAACUUUAUUGAUGAAUUGAAACAAAAUAUACAAACUACAAUUCUCUGUUGUUAUGUUAAGGGUAGAAUUAUAAAUUGAAUAAAGAAAUUGAC